AUGCAAUCCGCAUCUAGGAGUUGGCCAAAUGAAGGCUCUUCAGUCACCCGUGUCUACUUCCAAGUCAAGCUGAACCCCGUUGCUCACGCCAUAGUCCUCAAGCGACAACUGAUCUUUAAACGGUCUCUCGCCCUGCCGCUUGAGCAAGAUCUCGUGCGGCUCGCGUCCGAUGCGGGCGGCAACCAUGAUUUUGAACUCGCGAACCUUGUCCGAGGCGAAGCAUGGGAUGGCUGCCUUGGUGCCGAGACGGUCGUUGAUGUGAACGACAAUCAUCUCCUCGCCGGGUCCGGAGGGUGCAGGGGCUGCAGGGGCAGGGGCUGCCGAGGACGACGCCGACGGCCUGCUGCUGCGGUCUUGGUCCCUCCUUUGAUUGUAUAUGCGGUCGUCACGGCUGUCUCUCCCUUGAUGGUCGCGGUCUCGGUCUCGAUCCCGGUCCCGACCUCGACGCGGCGACCGGUUCCGGUAGCCGCGCUCCAAAGUUCCGCCACGACGAUUAUCUUCCUCGCCUAG